AGUGCCACAGGGCUCUGUCCUCGCUCCGACGCUCUUUCUCAUGUACGUGAACGACAUGCCACGCAACGACAAGUGUAUUCUAGUGCAAUACGCAGACGAUACAUCGAUCGCGACGACAAUUUCGUCUCAGUCUGACGCACGUCACUUGCAAAGCUAUCUAGAAGAUAUAGAGAGAUGGAUCUCGAGACAACACCUAAGCCUGAGCGCAUCAAAGAGUUCCGUGAUACGCUUCUCGAACUGCAAAAAACCGACAAGCCCUGUAUAUACUGUAGAAGGCACUCCCUUACCCGCAUCAGACCACCUGUCCAUCUUGGGUGUCACGUUUUCCCAAAACUUGGAUUUUUCCGUACAUAUUGCCGGCGUUAUCGCGAAGUCCCGCAGGACGCUUGGCUUCAUCACCCGCGUCGCAAGGCCAGGUGGGCCGGCGGUCCUGCAGGCACUAUAUACGUCCUUAGUCCUGCCCUCAUUGGAAUACUGCUCUGCAGUUUGGUCUCCCCCUCAACAACACCUAAUCGAGACACUGGAGAGUGUGCAGCGCCGCGCAACCCGUAAAAUCUGCGCCUGGUCCCCUGGCACGACCGACGUGCCGCACCACACACGGCUCACAACCCUUGGCUGGCGGCCCCUCGAUCAGAGACGGCGGAUUUCUCGAGUUCGCGUGCUGUGCCGAUUGCUCGACGGAUCUCUUUCGGGGACUCGCCUAUCGGCAGCCGUACGUCUCGGUAGAAGAUCAGGUCAGCCCGAACUUCUUCGAGGCAGGACUGUUCGUCACACUGAAUCCCUGCUGCCUGCCGCCAUUAGAGACUUCUUGACCAUA